AUUGGCCCUGAGCCCCCCUUGCCCUCCUCCUAUGGCACAAGUGAUGAUAUCUACCGACAGGCGGACCUAUUGCUCCACUUUCCCUCCCUCUCUCCCGUACUUUACCGUACGGUGAGCAGACAGGGACGGUGGUUGCGGAUACUUUAUCGGCUCCUGAUUCCUUCCACGCAGCGAACAUGUUUCCUUGCCGUCAGCCACACAUGCAGAGAGAUCACGAUGCUGACGCUUGCGCCUCAUUGCCAAAUGCAUAAUGGGAACAACCUAUAAUUGCCGCUAUCGACAUCCACAGUAGCAGUAGUAGCGCCCUCCCUCAUCCGCCAAAACCAUGUCGGGCAGCACAGCGACAGCGUCAGUGACGUAUGCGUCCGCCUACAGUACGUCUGGUGCAAGCUCGCCCUUCAAUAAUGGCGGCGCGAUCACGCUCAACACCUGGCAGGACGCCAUAUGCAAACGCUGGGAGGAGCGAGAUCGCCAUGAACGUGCAUUCGACGACAUGAUACAGCAAUAUCAAAAACUGGCAAGGCAUGCUGCGAUGCUCAAGGAACGCAACACUAGUCUGCUGCAAGCUGCAUCUGCGCCCACACCUGCGGCUGUCGCUUCGUCUGCUUCGGCAGCCGGAACCGCAAGCGCGCCGGCCGCAACGACGGGCGUGGGUCCCAACGCCGUGCAAGAAGCAUAUGUCCGUUCGCUAGAGGCGCAGCUCUCCUCCAUGCGCGACGAGCUAGCAGAGCUGUACAAGACGCAGUCGCAAAACGCGCAGCGGUUGCUCGUACUGAAUGAGACGCUGCGCGAACGGCAGGACGUAGGCAAGGCGUCCGACGACGAGCUGCGCGCACUGCGCGGCGAGCAAGAGCGCCUGCAGCGCGCUGCGCAGGACGCCCGGGAGGCGCUCGGCGAGAAGGAUCGCACAAUCCAGAUCCUGCAGGACGAGCUCAAUACGCUCAGUCUCGAGCUGAGCCAGAUCGAGCUGCGCAACGACGAGCUCAAGCGCGACAAUGCUAGCCUGCUGCAGCGCUGGCUCGAUCGCAUGAACGCAGAGGCUGACAAGAUGAACGACGCCAACACCUACCUCGAGCAGGUCAAGGCGACCAGGACGAAGGAUAGCUCGACCGACUCAUCGACAUCACAGAGCAAGCCUGCAACCCUUUCCGCGUCAGCGGCGUCGUAGCCUUGCUACACCCGUUAUCACUUCACAGCCCGUCUCAUAAAGUCACAUGUUGUAUUAUUUAGCAUUACACCCAAGUAUUUCAUUAUGCGAG